AGUUCGGGAACUGAACCGGGUGUUCUACUGCCCUAUAUUUUGGUUUCAUUCAUUCACCAUUCUGCAGUUCCAUUCGCUUCUGCGGUGAACGCACUAGUCGGAUAACGCUUGGUACAGUUGCCAUGGAGACUGUGACGUAAAUUCUUUCACCCCGUCUCUUCGUCCCCCUUUUAGAGUCCAGUCUAAUACACAUGUCGGUCGGGUGCAGUUAGAUUUUAGCAAUGUGACAAGUCGGUUUCCUCAGUAAAGGGGUAGAAGGGUCAACAUGCAGGUUGCUUGUUUCUGGAGGUCAAAGAUGAAUUAAGCGAAGUAGGCCGCUUAGAAGUUCUGAUUGUGUAGAUUAAGAAGUGGAAUGAGUGAAGAAGAAUGUGGAGAGGAGAACAGUGGAAAUUGCCUGGUCCGUGUCCGCGCCCAGGUCAUGACCAGGGAUGACUCGACUGGAGGUUGGGUUCCAAUGGGCGGAGGCGGAUUAAGUUUCGUAUCCGUCCGCAAGAGGCAAGUACCAAACGACGAAGAUGCCAAGCACGAGUAUCUGAUCUAUGGCAAGAGGAUAACGGAUCAAACGGUUGUCUUAAGCUGUACGAUUAAAAAGGAUUUCCAGUAUAAUAAAGUCAUGCCUACUUUUCAUCAUUGGCGUACCGGAGACAAAAAGUUCGGUCUGACUUUUCAGACGGCUGCGGAUGCACGUGCCUUUGACAAAGGAGUCAAGAUAGCUGUGGAGGAUUUACUAGAUGUUAACAUGAUGUUCUUAGUCUUUCAGCAAUCCAGUACCGGUGAUUCUUACAUACAUGGCACAGAUAUCGGUGACGACGAUGUAUUUAUGACUCUAGAACUGCCAGUGGAUUCUCGCUCUUCGUCUGGUUCCAGUAAUGUGAGUGGCAACGGAGCUUCGGCCGUAAGGCCUGCUUCUACCAACAACACCGAAGCGUUUUCUUCCCCAUAUACUCAUCCUCAUGCUAAUCAUCAUCAUCUGCAUCGAAUGCAUUUCAUUCGGCCUCCUCGAACAAUUAACAAUAGUGGAUUAAUUGGUGGAAACGGUGGCCAGGUAAUAGACCUCCAGCAGAAAACACAAGAAGACAUAUGGAUCAAAGAGAAAUCUCCAAGCCCUAAGAACAAUAUGAAAGAUCAGGGUAUUCUUGAUGAUAAAAUAGAAAUUAUUCCCGGAGAGCCUUAUUCUUAUGUUCAGUUUGCUAAAGACAAGCCGCGAACGGAACAUGAGUAUUCCUACCCAAUAAUGGACUCUCUGAAAUCGGGUAAGAGAGAUUCGAUAGGUAACAUUAAGAAACAUCAGUUACCUGCAAUAGGCACUCAACCUCCGUUACUGCCAACAAAGACAAAGAGGAAGAAGGAGAACAAAAAAGACACUUGUAAGCAUUCUCCUCUAACUCGGGUCCAGUGUCGCCACUGCCACGACAUGUUUAAUGAAGACGAAAACAGGAGAGGUAGCUGCGAGUAUGCUCCAGAUAAAGUACUGGCGUGCAUAAGUGCCACUACCUGUAUAUCCUGUGCCCAGUGUAUGUUAUAUCACUGCAUGUCCGACACGGAAGGAGAUUUUAACCACCAUCCCUGUUCUUGUGACACUACCGAUGAACAUUGCCAGCGAAGAUGGAUAGGCCUGGCACUUCUCUCGUUUUUCGUACCCUGCCUUUGGUGCUAUAUACCAUUUCGCGCGUGUCAUCGAUGUGGUGUAAGCAGUGGCCUUUGUGGAGGAAGACACGAAGCCGUUUGACCCUUUGCCCUUAGUAAUCUGGUCACUAAGAGAAACGGAUGGAUGUAAACUCAACACAUUUCUCCACUGCCGCCUCCUUCAGGAAUGGAGCAGCAAAACUGCUGCCAUCCAGAGUCAAAACAAAACAAAAAAAAAAAAACAAAAAUAAAACAAACAUGCUCUACCCACCUUGGACUGUAAUCCAAGCAACACAGGUUUAAAAAUUGUUUAAUUCUCCAACACAGUCUAUAAAGAGAAUGCCAAUUCAUACAGUUCUACACUCCCAGGAAACAGAGGAAAUCACUCGAAGAGACGGCAUAGUCACAUGGCUGUUUGGUUAAUUGUUAUAUUGGAAAUUACCAAUUGUAAUUAUGAUAUUAAUUACUUCUAAAUGUUAAAUAUCAGCCUGCUUUAGAACUAUUUCAGUUCUUUACAAGAGAGAAAACACAGAGAAUAUUUUCCUUAGCUGCCAGGUUUGGAAUUUUAAGUUAUUGUUGUUGUAGUCUGAGUAAAAACCUUAUUUUUGAGUCUUCCAAAGCUACCAUUAGAAUAAUUUUAAGAGCCUUUAAUUUAAGAUUAAUUUGGAUGUUAUUUAGACCCAAGUUCAUAGAAAUCCAUUACGUCAUAUGUCCUCCAAAACAAGAAAAAUUUUGUUAAAAUGUUCGCAAUCACUCUCAAUUGGUUCUAAUUUAAUAUAUGUAGAAACAGGACAAUUAGUGUUCUUUGUCUACAUAUAAAUAUAUAAAACUCUGAGAAUAUUUUUUAUAUCUUAGUACUAGAGUUUAGAUAUACAAACUGCCAUAAGACAGGUGGCAAAAUAAAACAUAACCGUGCCAAGAACAUGGAAGUAUUGAUGCUAUUGGGUUGAGAAGUUUGUUUUACAAUAGUGUUGGAGGUGCAGGAUGUAAAUAAAUUUAAGUUUACAGUCAAAAUUAAUGUGUAAUAUACCCAUUUACAGUCAGGAGAAUCCUUAAACUUAAUUUGGUGUGUAAAAUAUUGAUCUUUUUUUAAAUUUUUAAUCAAAUUUUUAAGUGAAAAUUAAAAACAAAAACAACUUCGGUCCUUAGCCAGAUCGGUCACAAUUUUGGUUUUUGCAUCCGAGGAGUGCCAACGUCGAAGUUGUCGGGUCUUCCUUGCAUAUUUCUUCAUUCUUUUUGAAAUUCGAUCUGUUGUUUAUGGAGUGAAGUUUUGUGUUUUUACUUAUAUUUUUUUAUGGAAACAGUUGCAUUAAUUCAAAUGAGAGGGCUCAAGUAAGGGAGAGGGGUCUUCUUGGCAUCUUGCAGAACAUUACCAUUUGAGGACUCCCAUGAGAGCUGCGAGCGCGAAUGUUGGCACUCGAACUAAUUGUUAUAUAAUUACAAAAUAAUACCUAUCCGAAGCACAAUUAUAGUGUAUUUUGAUGCCAAAUUUUGUACAAGAGUUUAUAUAUAUAUAUAUAUAUAUAUAUAUUAUAUAUAUAUAUAUAAAUAUAUAUCAAUGUGGUUAUUAAUUAAUACUAGUGACCACUAUCCAAUCAAAGUGCUGUGACCAUAAAGAAUUCAAUAGAUAUUUUUACGAAGUUCUCUCUCUGUCUACAUAUAUAUAUAUAUGUAUGUAUACACACACAAACAUAUAUAUGUAUAUAUAUAUAAUUCAAUUAACUAAGAGAGACUUUCCUACAAUGCAUUUAAGUAAAUGAUCUAAAAAAACCUCCAAAAAUUCAUCCGAAAACAUAAAUUAGGUUUCUCUAAUCGGUUCCAAAAGCUUGAUUUUCCUCUUAACUUUGUUUUUUAAUUAGUAAAUAUGUAAAUUAUCAUCAUUCUGUGUUUGUAAAUUUUAUUGUCGUGUGCCUUAUGUGACAUUUUUGCGGAGAAAACAGGAGAUAAAAACAAAACAAAAGCAAAAUUUUCUAUAAACCCUGUCUAAUUUCAAUUUGGAUCACGUGUUAAUUGUAUAUUUCUAUUUAUUGUGAGGUGGUGAGGAAUUUCCUUAUGUCAGGUUCUGUUUUAAACAAUAGAUAAGAGGCAUAAAUAUAUAUAUAUAUUUAUAGUCACACGACGAAUUAUUUUUUUUAGUGUAAUUUUUCGAAGUUUAACCGAGUUUUAAUUUCAAAAAAAAUCGGUUAAAUUAGAAUUGUAUAAAAUAAAUAUAUAUAGAUAUAUAUAUUUAAAAAAAAAUAUUUUAUCAAAUAGUCACCUCCCUUAUCGUUUGAAUGUCAAACAUAUCAAAUCUGAAGGAAGUAGCUUCUGGUUUCAUCUUAAUUUACCUCCUGUUAUGUAUUGUUUUGAUCUCAUUUGAUUCCAAAUAGUCAAAAAAAAUCCUUAGAUAUAGGUGUGGCCGCUUCGAAUCGAUCCAAAUUCCUUCAUUUUGCUCCGAUUUGCUGCAUAAACCGAGCAGAAGAGGAGACUAGAUCUGAUUUAAUACUCAUUCGGAUGCUCCCUGCCGAAUUAAACUGGACAAUACUUGGCUAGGAGCGUUGCCCGCUCGAUUAUACUUGGCUGGGGCGUUACCUAAUCGGCAGGUUUUUUGUAUUCUAGGCUCUUUGGUGCGCAAAUUUUUGAUACCACGGUUCACAUAAUCGAUUAAAUUGAUACUUUGACACAUUAUCUCGAUGAAUUGAUCAAGGAUUUUUCGUUGUUUUUUUUUUUUUUUUAGAAAAAAGACACAUGAAUGUAUAUCGGUUUCUCGUCAUAGUGAGUAAUAGCAUAAUGUUGGGAUGUCAGAAAAAAAAUAACAACAAUUUGUAUCGUGUGUUUUUGUGUUUUAUUAGAUGUUGACCUUAAUAUAGAGUCGUUAACAAAGAACGGGGUGAAGAUUUAUCCCGUUUAAUCCAUGUCAGAAAUAAUGAAAUAUUUUUUAAUUCCACAUAAUUGUAUUAUACACGCAUACACAGUAACGAGUGUUAACCUCUAUUAUUAUUAUCAUUAUUAUUAUUAUUAUUAUUCUCGGUUCUUUCACUGUAUUUUAAUUAUAAUUUAUUAUCAUUAAAAGGAGCAGCUAAUAUAGGAAGAGGUGUGAUUGUAGAUCUCAGAACAUCAAAAGAAAAAAAACAACACACAACACAUGAAAAUUUGUUGAUUUUAUUAUGUAUUUAGAUAUGUUACGUUCCCUAUUAAAGUGUUGGUUGUAUGUAAA